CUAUGCCUGAUUCAGGGCCACGGCCCAAUAUCAGGGCCCGUCCGUCAGUCAAGGGGAUGAGAGCUCCAGACACGCCUUUCAACACACAUUGCAUCUAGAUACCAACAAAACAAAAAACAGAUUUACAGGCAACUUCAUAACCACCUCAAGGACUUCAGUACCAUCAGGACUGCAAAAGGGACAAAGUACUCCUGAACAGCAAAACCUAUAAAACCAAACAUGGCACGAGAAGAGGCGUACUGCAAACUUAUGCAUGGAAUUCAGCAGCUGAAUUUCAAGAAGGAGCACAUUCCCAGUGACCUGGUCCUGAUUGGUGACCAUGCCUUCCCACUGGCCAUGAACCCCAGAGGUCAGGUGUUAAUGGCUGCCUCAAGCUAUGGCAAAGGUCGCAUGGUGGUUCUCGGACAUGAGAAACACCUCACUGACUUCGCUAGCAUAGUGGAAAAUGCCGUGUCUUGGCUAAUGCAAUCGCCUGACAAAGAUACUGUGGGUAUCCAUCCUUCUUGCAAGGCUGUUGUGGAAAAUCUGUCCUACUCCAGCAUCAAGGCAGAGGUCUGUGAGCUCAAAGAUGGUCUCGACGUGUAUGUCACCGAUGCUUACAGUGUAAACACCCAUGUUAAGGAGCUGGUGAGUUUCCUCAAGGCAGGGGGAGGACUGCUUGUGGCCGGCCAAGCUUGGAGCUGGGCAGAAAAAAAUCCUACAAAAAACACACUGCUGGAUUUCCCAGGGAACAAGGUGUGCAGUGUAGCAGGGAUCUACUUUUCAGAACAUUACGGAGAGCUUGGAGUGCUCCCUGUGCCCCCUCAGAUACCAUAUAGUUGGCUGUCUGUUUCAAUUGGAAAGAAUUUCAAAGAUGACCUUGAGUUCCUCCUGAAUGGCGUGCCAGAGUUUGACAUCCAGGGUGGUGCAGUAGCUUCAGAGGUCCUGGUCCACGGACCCCUCGCUUUCCCAAUUGGCACCACACCUGAUGGCAGGGCCUUCUUCGCUGGAGCUUAUUAUGGUCAGGGCCGAAUCAUCGUGACCACCCACGAGGGCUUCAUGAUGCGUGAGAGCCUAUCCAAAUUUUUCAGCAACGCUCUUUGCUGGUUGGACGAAGGGCGCAAUGGGGCAGUGGGUAUCGCACCCCCGGUGCAAUCCGCAAUGUCUGUUCUGUCCAAUUCUGGACUACAGUGUAAGGUGACUGACUUCAAAGAGGACCUCAGUGUCUACGUCUGCAACUCGUACAGUGAUGCUCACUGUGAGGAGAUCCAGGAAUUUGUUGCUGAAGGCGGUGGGCUCCUUAUUGGGGGACAUGCCUGGUACUGGGCUCAAAGCCAUCCUGGCAGAAAUGCCAUGACCGAGUACCCCGGCAAUCACAUCCUUAAUAAGAUGGGGCUCUGCAUUUUGGGGGACACCCUUAGCUCAGGGCUCUACAAGGUGCCCGAUCUGGAGAAGGCUUGCUCAGACGCGUAUCACUUCAGGGGCUUGCUCCGGCGCUUUGCCAGUCACGUGACUGAAGGCCACAACCUCACAGACCACGAUCAAGGCUGUCUGAAGAAGCUUGGGUCUGACUGUGCUUAUUACCUUGCUAUGGAGGCCCACCACUGUGCAGCUUAUACGUCAAUGGUGUCGAUGCUGACUGACAUGGUAAAGAAGGCAGGCGUCCCGCAAGUGUGUAACAACUGCCCUGUAAAAAGCACCAAGGACCAUCUGCUUCUCAAUGUGAGUGCCCAGGUCUACAAGGUGUGCCAGGACCCUGAUACCCUUCUGCCCUACAUAAUCAAGAACCAGCCUACAAUGCCACUUGUCAGUAACACAAGGGUCCGCAUCAGUGCGAACUCUGAAGGUGGUGAGAAGUGGCUCAGCACCGGCCUGUACCUUUGCCCUGGAAUGAAAACAUAUAUGGCUAUGCCACCAGAGAUCGUGGGAAUGGGUUGGAGAGUCCAGAUUGGCUGUCAGACUGAUAAUAUUGGCAGUUCUGAUGAGCUGAAACGAGCCCCUUUGGUGUGUGAGCGCUUUCCUGUCGAUGAAGAGAUGAUGCUGGUGUGGAACCUAUGGGGGGGCCUCAUCUACCUGAUCGCCCCAAACAAUGCCAGCGUGGAGGGGGCAGAUGUAGUGGUGCAGAUGGCUGUUCAAGCACCUUACUAUAAAUCUGGGGAGACGACAGUAGAACAGUGGGUGAAUGGGAUCCGGAAUGCACCUGCUCCUUGGGCUGAGCUGGAGUUUGAGAACAUCAUCCUGACCCUUCACUCAGACUUCAUCCGAGGUCUGGACCGGCCAGACGAAGUGGCGACAUUGUGGGAUGACAUCAUGAGGGGAGUGGCAGACCUUGCGGCGAAGCCUGCCAAGUUCCCCCGCAAAGAACGAUUUGUGGCCGACGUCCAGAUCUCUCACGGCUUUAUGCACGCCGGGUACCCGGUCAUGAUGCACUCCUCAUCAGCCGCAGAGCUGGUGAACCCCAACCAGGCCCGAACAUCAGGUUUGUGGGGUGCCAUCCACGAGCUGGGCCACAAUCAGCAGCGAGGGGUCUGGGAGUUUCCCCCAAACACCACAGAAUGCACCUGCAACCUGUGGUCCGUCUACGUGCAUGAAACAGUGCUGGGCCUGGACCGGGCCAAAGCCCACCAGAACAUGAGUAGUGAGAAUAGACAAUGUCGUGCAAAGAACUACGCCGAGGGGGGCCGCAACCUGAACGAGUGGAGCAUGUGGGUGGCCCUAGAGACCUAUAUGCAGCUUCAAGACACUUUUGGCUGGGACGCCUUUAAGAAGGUCUUCACUGCCUACCAUACCAUGGAGGGAGUACCUAAUGACAACAAAGGCAAGAUGAAUACGUAUGCUGAGACCUUCUCCAAAGUAGUGAACAAGAACCUGGCAUCUUUCUUCAAGGCCUGGGGCUGGCCAAUAGAGUCCGCCACUGAGGAGAAGCUCUCAGGUCUGCCUGACUGGAGUGAUCAUCCAAUGGCCCAGUACGCCUAAAAGAGAAUGCUGCUAGAUUAUCAUAGCUUGCUUAGGAUUAUUAUUAGUGAAUGAUAUGAGUCUAACUAAUAAUAUUUAUUUUAUAGUAAAGGAAAUCAAUGGAAAUCAUGGAAGAUGAAUAGUGUAUGACAUGACAUAAUAUAUAUUUUACAAUCAAGGAAAUGAAGAAAGAUUUAAUUAGAUGGAAGCCUCAUAGUCAUCCUCUUCUGACUCGAUCAAAACUGUAUACUAUAUUCUUACUACACAGUACACAUUCAUUAUUUUCAGAUAUAUGUAAUGGUCAAACUAAGGGUCAGUGUACAACUGUUUGGUAAUAGAUUUAUGACAACAGUUCUGUCUUAUUUAAUGUAUACCCCAGGGCAUAUGAAUAGCAGUAGAGUUUCCUUUUUACACUAAUUAUUAUGCUCAUUAUGCUUAUGCCAGUUGUAUCUCAGAGCUCUCUAAUAUUUCAUGGUUGCAGCUUUGCUCAUUGGAUGAUUUUUUUUCUUCUUUAUAUAUUUCUGAUGGAAUCUCAUGUUCAUAAAUAUGCACUUAAAUAAAGGUUCAUUAAAUUAAA